AUGAAGGUUCUAGCAAUUCUUGCUCUGUUUGGUGCUAUCGUGGCCUGCCAAGCCUAUCGUAUAAAGGGAUAUAGAGGUGACUAUGACGACGGUUAUAAAGGUGAUUAUAAAGGUAGUUAUGGAGUAGGAUAUAAAGGUGGUUAUGGAGUAGGAUAUAAAGGUGGAUAUGGAGGUGGCUAUGGAGGUGGCUAUGACGGCUACGAUGGAGGGUACGGAGGAGGGUAUGGCGGCGGCUACCGUGGAGGCUACGGCGGCGGAUAUAACGGCUACGGUGGCUACGGUGGCGGGUUUGGCGGUUACGGCGGUGGCCAUGGUGGUUUCGGUGGCGGCUAUAGCGGAUACCAUGCAAAAAGCCCGUUGUCAAGUUUCCUUACAGACAGGUUCGGUGUCCGGCCUACGAUCAUGCUGAGCGGCCUCCUCUAUACGUCCGGUUACUUGGGAGCCGCCUUCGCUCCGACCUUGGCGACUGCAGCAGUUACGUGCGGUGUCAUAGCUGGCCUGUAUAUUGUGUUCCCAUACUUGCCAAGAUACUGUAUCAUCCAAGGGUCAACCGAGUUCCAAGCCUCCAAUCUAGUUUCCAUCUGCGGCCUCACUUCAUUGUUGGGACGGGUACUUACUGGAGCGAUCGCCAACACGAAAUUCUUCCAACCACGUGUGUCUUAUCUUUAUGCGGGAAGCCUCGUCCUGCUGUCCGCUAUUUCGUGCGCAUUCCCACUGUAUUCCAGCCGUUAUCCGGGCCAGGUGGCGUUCGCGGUGGUGUUCGGGCUGUGUUUCGGCACGCCGUAUACAGUCAUCAAUGCCGUGAACCUUCAGCACAUGGGGGUGGAGAGAGUCACCGCGGCCCUCGGGGUCGAGCUUUGCUUCUGUGGGUUCGGAGGAUUGCUCGGACCAGUUGUGGCAGGCCUUUCUGGUGACGCGGGAGCAACGCUUGGUCAAGUGUUUCUUAUUGCUGAACUUUUUGGGGGUGGGGAUGAGCGGGGCAUAUCAUGGAUUGGCUAA